AUGAACGAUAGUAUAUUUCAACUUAUUCAAGGUCAAAUACCUUCCGAGAUAAUUCCCCAUUAUCUAAUGCAGACUUAUACUGAUGGCCAACAAAUAAUAAUACGUCAUCAUGUUUCAGUUUGGGAAACAUCAUCUAGAUCACAAAUUUUCUUCAUGAUUCUCUCAAUUAACUUAUGGUUAACGAUGAUGGGUUUUGCAAUUUUAGGGUAUUUUGUUGCUAAGGCUCGAUAUAGAACUUCAAAAAGAUCCAAUUCCUCACAAUUACCAUUAGACAAAGCACCUGGAGUGACGAUAAUAAGACCACUUAAAGGUGUUGAUUGUAAUUUAUGCGAGAAUUUGAUUUCAUCAUUUCGACAAGAUUAUCCGAAUUUCGAAAUCAUAUUCUCGGUAGCAAACGAGAAUGAUCCUGCUGUAAAAGUUGUUAAAAAGUUAAUGAUGAGGUAUCCAAAAGUAGAUGCUAAAUUAAUUAUAGGUGAACGUGAUGUUGGUGUUAAUCCGAAAAUAAAUAAUUUGAUUCGUCCGUAUGAAUCAGCUAAUAAUGACAUUAUUUGGAUUUUGGAUUCUAAUGUUUAUGUCGAUUCGGGAUGUUUAGGUAGAUCGGUAGAUAAAUUAUCUCAGCCGGGUGUUGGUCUUGUUCAUCAUCUCCCUUUUGCAGUUCGUCCAGACACUUUUGGUUCCGAAUUGGAAAUGAUGUUUAUGGAUACCGUUCACGCCAAGAUGUAUUUGGCAAUCAACGCAAUUGGACCUGAUAGUUGCGUCGUUGGUAAAUCCAACUUGUAUCGUAAAAGUGAUAUUGAAAGUGUCGGUGGAUUAGCUCAAUUUGGUAAAUAUAUGGCUGAAGAUAAUCUUAUCGCUCGUGCCCUAUGGAGGAAGGGGUACAAACAUGAGAUGACUAGUGAUUUGGCAUAUCAACCUCUUGGUUCAAUGGCAACUGCCGAUUAUUUUUUCCGUCGUUCACGUUGGGCUCGAAUUCGUAAAUACACGGUUACGGCAGCCACAAUAUUAGAACCUUUUACGGAAUCAAUCAUUUGCGGAUUAUGCGCAUCUUAUGGAUUCCAUAAUUUAUGGAACAUUCAUCCGUUAAAUUUUUUGGCUUUCCAUAUUAUCACUUGGUUCAUGAUUGACUUGAAAUUGUUUCAAGCUUUGAGUAGGAAAAAGGUUGAGAUGGAAAGUUUGCGUGGUUUCAUCAUGGCUUGGGCCUUGCGUGAAAUUACAGCUUUGCCAUUAUACGUUUAUUCUGUACUUGGUAAUACUGUAGAUUGGCGUGAUGGUACUUUUUAUUUGAAGCGAGAUUCAACUGUUGUCAAAAUUCCUUCACCACAUCAAAAAACAAGCGUUGUUGGUAGUCUGUCAUUGCCUUCUAUAGCUCGCAAAGUUGCCGCUGUUGCGAAUUAUAAUACUACUCAUUCAACUUCAGAUAGUCAAAGAUCUGCGUUUUUCAAGCAACAAUUUAUUGUUUCAACUCUCACUUCGCUGAUAUUGAUUAUUGACAUUGUAAUGGACAUCUUGUUUAAGAGUCAACGUAAUGGAAAUCCUGUAGAGAAUACUGAAGCAUGUGUCCUGGAAAAUGAGGGUAAGGAAAAAAUGAGAAGACAUAUAAGUGACAGACAGACAAAACGUGUCUCAGGAAAUAAUGACGUUAAUGUUGGAGAUGAUGAUUAUGAAACGAGUGUAGAAAUUGAUAGUGCUGAUGAAAAAGAGAUAUCUAAUCGAGAUGAUCCAAUAAUUCAAGCUGCGGGUCAUUAUCUAAGAAGUUCCUUGAGUAAGACAAGUAGUCAUUAUUUUGGUGUACCCUAUCAUAAUGAACCCGAAUAUAUGGACAAUUCAGAUAUUGAAGUUGCUUCGUCUUCAUCGUCUCCAAAUAGUGCCGAAAGUGUUUCAAUUGGGCUCUCAAUGCAUUUACAAAAUGAAAAAAAUGUACUGGAAGGUCAAAGACGUAGAAAAAGUGUAUCAACUAAUGAAAGAUCGAAUAAUCAAGAUCGAUCACGGGUUAGAAGCAUGUCAAUUAUAUAG